AGUUGCCACUUGAUGUAGGGAGGGACACAACAAAGUUGUCCCUAACAGGUUGUUUCUGAGAGAGAAACAUAAAAAAAAGAGGGUUACAUAUAAACACAUACAAACAUUACCCAACAUUUAACACUGUUCUUCUAAUGUUUCUAUCAUAAACUACUAAAUGCCUCGACUGCAAAAGUGAUUUAACUUUCUGGAAUAUAAUCUGACUGUACGGUAGAUAAUGUGUAGCUUGUUCUCCUGAAAUUUAUGGUGGCCAAUCUAGUUCUGAACUGCUGCCCAGUGAACAAUAAGGCUCAAUGUACUGACUGUAUCUGUGACAUAAUGACUUAGUCACUGGGUGCACCAUAAACACAAAGACUGACACACAGUGUGUCUGAGCCUUUUGGCACUCUUCCAUGAUGUCAUCCCCGCCAGUCCUGUUUGAGAUAUUUUCAUCAUACAGAGAAAAUUACUGUCCCAGACCAUUAGCUGUUUUGACUAAGAUUACUCAAAUCUUCCUGACUAAAGAAAAAGGCAUCUUGAUCAUCAGGAUUGUUAAUGUAAAGACAUCCUACCUUCAGCUGACAGUUCUUUGACUGGUUAUUUUCUAUUCAUGCAAAAAAUAUCAGAGAUGACAAAACGAUGCAGAGUGAAUUAUUCUUUUAAGUUCUGCCUUGUAUAAAUUCAGUCAUUUGUAUGUAUUCACACCUGGUACAAGGAUUUAUUCACAGUAUCUACCCACUACUUCCUACACUCUGCUUGUACUUCAAGAGUAUGUCACUAGAGGGCCAUAUUCCAUUACAAUUUAUUGGAAGGUCACAAUCUGAGCCUCAGACAUGUUCGAAAUGAAAAUUCUAACAUCAGGAUUUUGUAAUCCCCUUUUUUCUGUUAUAAGGUGAACAAUGUCCUGCCUUGUCAUGUCGUUAUAAAAAUACUAGACAUUGUUCUUAUUAUAUUAUAAGUUAAUGUAUUUAAAAGCACAAAUGGGUAGCACAAGUGUAGCCAGAGUGUAUGGUUUAAGUAAUUCAUGUCUCUCACUUUAUUGCCUGCCCAUAGACCGUAUAUAUAUAUAUAUAUAUAUAUAUAUUAGUCAUACACGCUUUAUCUAUAUACAGUUUAUGUAAUUUCCAUACACACUAUGAGCAGCCUGAUCAACCCUGUUAAAGACAAUUCAGGUGAAACCACAGACACUGAAGAAUACUUGUAUUUAAUAUCUUAUAUUUUGCAGCCCCCUCCACCUUUUACUCACUCCCCAAACAUGUUAGAGACUGUAGCGACCUGUCACAAAUCAAAUAACUGCUCAUAAUUCACCUUUCCAGAACAGCUUUGAAUUACUUGUUUUUUUGGCUCUGACCUUUGUCUGAAUGAGUGUUUAUAUAGAUGUGUCCUUAAUCUCUUUUACAAUGUCAUUAUUUUUUGUAAAACAUGUUUGACUAAUUAUUUCUAUUAUUAUUAUAAUUAUUAUUGUUGUUAUCAUAAUAAUAAUAAUAAUAAUCAUAAUAAUUACUACGUUUGUUAUUAUUGUAUUUAAUAAUAAUAAUAAUUAUUAUAAUUAUUAUUAUUAUUAUUAGUAGUAGUAGUAGUAGUAGUAUUAUCUUAAAUCUUUGGGGAGAUGAUGCAUACCUGUCAAAUAAAAGUUGUUAAAAUAAAUUAAUUAAUAAAAAAAUAAUAAUAAAUAAUAAUAAUAAUCAUUAUUAUUAUUUGAGUUUUAGUAUUUAUCAUUAUUUUUAGACGUGUGAGGGUACCAGGUGUCAAAGUUGGCUAUGGCUUUUUUAUUAUCUAUAAGGGUGACUCGUUAACUGUCUGAUUGACUUAGUGUUUCAUGUCAAACCUUCACCACAGUGCAUAUUAACACACCUGUGACUGGGACGCUUUACCUCAUGCCUCCAGAGUAGUUGAUUCACCACCAAAAGCUGCACUCUUCUCGCUUUUUGUGCAUCUCCAAGACGGGCCAAACAGAAUUACAAGCAGCUGAACAAAUUAAGCUCAACUUGGCGUGUUACUUUCAUCUGAAUCAAACAAUAGUUUGUCCAGAUCCUUGUUGUACAUUUUAUUUUUUUUAAUCUAAGAUUUCAUGACCGCAUACAGCAAUGAUAUAUUCAACAGUGUGCGCCUCUUAUGGAGCGUUGUUAACAUCAACCAAUCUCCUACGCCCUUACUAAGACUCCUAGCGCGUCUGUCCAAUAGGACCGCAGCUUUGUGGGUGGCGAAGUAUGGUGGCGCCAAUGUUAUGGAGUUUCCGCUACUCUUCUGCUUCCAUGCCAUCAGGUUAGGGAGCUAGCGAGUGAGCUAAGCUAGCGUCUGUUCAGGCCUCCAGCGGCGGACCAGCUAACAAGAUCAAACACAGCUAUUCGGAAGGAGAGAAAUAUCCCUUUAUGAAUCUGCAUGAGAACAGUUAAAAUCCCAGAAAUAUGGUGGUUCUCAAAAUUCGAGACCAGGUAAGUGUUUAUUGAAUUAAUAACAGACUUAAGUUGAAGCUGCUGCCUGGUCAGUGUGGGCUAAUGUUAGCUGCUCAGAUCUGAACAGUCGCAGACGGGAAUGUAACUCGAGUUUCUCCGGCUAUUAUCAGAAACGGAAGCAUCUGCUUAAACGUUUCACAUUGGGCUAAGUUUAUCUGGUAAAAUGUCACUGUACAGAGGUGAAAGUCAGACACAGUACUGGAAGAUGAGUCACGACUCAAGUCAUGUUUGGGCGAAAAAUAAGGCUUUAUACUCUGAUGAAGACACAUAGACAGGCGAUUGUUGAGUUGUAGCCAGCUAAUGAUACUGUGUUUAUCUCCAGCAAUUAGCCAGAACCCACUGUGAAACGCUACCAGCGACUGAGUUGGGAAUUGACAUGUUAGCAACUUGUGAAUAAAACUAAAGCGAACUUCUCUGAGCAGUGGCUCACAAAUUAGAGACAAUGGCUAAUUUCUGUCACUUGUGAAAUCGUGAGAAUUAUCAUUAUCAUCAUAUCAUCACAGCGAGCUGGUGAUUUUGUCAUUUCUGUAUGAAGUGGGUAUAAAAUUUGUCAUCUUUGUAAAAACUAAUGUCAACUCAUCUGGUUUCAUGGUAUCUGUAACACUGGAUGACUAUAGUCACGCAGCUGUUUUCAUCAGCCCAAACAUUUACUAAAGAUGUUAAACGACCAUGGGUUGUGGUAUUUCUGUAUCUGUAAUAGGUUUUGAGCAUUUUUUUAGUCUCCUGUGUUUCUUCUUUUUAUAACAUGACUGUUUUUGGUGAGUUGUGUCGUCGAUCCAAAGCCUUUAGUGCUGGUGGCCUUGCAAACACUGUCAAUAAUUGAAACGCAAGCCUUUUGGAAGGUAAAUAAGUGUCUAAUUGCGAUCAUUUAGGCAGUAUACGGGUUAAAUAUGAAGGUAAACUGAUUUUAACAGCUAUUACGAAUCUAUUAUGUGAGGAGGCACAUGGAUAUUGUCAGACAUAUGCCCUGUAACUAUAUUAGACACUUGCCACCCACUUCAGAUCACUAAAAUAGCUUUCUUAUAUCAUUUUGGACUCACUGUGUUUUGGACAUUAGUACUAUUCUUAAAACCCUGUAAUCUUGUAUGAACGUGCGUGUGUCUUUCAUUGUGUAUGUGCUUGAAUGAUCGUGUACCUGAGCUCAUGUGAGCUUGUUCAGUUGCCAAAGAGCUGUCUCCAUGGUGAUGGUAUUAACUAGACUGGCUUGUAUGAGAAGAGGAGGUGCACAGUCGUGCAGCUAGAGAAGCAUUGAAAAUCUUCUCCACCAGUAGCUUAGGAGUGGAGUACUGAAAACAACAAAAUGCAGAUUUGUUCUUCCAUUUCAUGGAAGGUGGGGGGAAGUAAUAAAAUAGUGUACCAUGCACAAUUGCUUGCUUGUAACGCUGAAUGUACUCUGUAAUGCUAGUCACUGUUUUACCCUGCAGAUAUUCAUGAACAUUUUAAUCACUGAAUGAGGGGAUUGUCUUUAGAUUUUUAAGCUACUUGGUCCCUAAUUGUAGCCUUUGUUUAGCCUAUUCUAACAACAUAUCAAUCUGCUUAAAUGCAUCAUGUGGCUCAAAUUUGUACAAAGCUAUAGCUUUUUUUUCCCUCUUACAUUCAGUAGACUUCAAAGAGAACACCCUUGACCAAGAAUACUUUGAAUUAUAAAUAGAAAGUUGCUCAAAACAGAUUUUAUGUUUAGUAAACACACAUGAACAAAAAAAAUUCUCCAGGGGUUGUUGUCAAUGGUACAUACAGUCCUAGUUCAUUCAGACAGCUAAAGGUGAUGGGGCAUGGCUCUGUGCUUGCCUUUCACAAUGCUGAGAGUUGUAUUAGAUUAGAUUUAACUUUAUUGAUCCUUUUGGGAAGGUUCCCUCUGAAAUUAAAAUUUGCAACACUAGAUAUUAACAUGGUAAACAGCCAAAGGAGCGUGUUAGGAAGAUUACUGACAAACUAGGUGCAGGCAUAGUUUGUUAUCUAUGACAUGGUUUGUAAAAUAUGUGUGCAAUCCAAAGGUCUUUUUUGUACCUUGGUACAUGGCUGGACAUAAUCACGUCAAACAGCCUGGCAGAAAGUAUGGGGUAGAGACAGGAUAAACAAAGGCCUGCAACAUGACUCUGACUAUGGCUCUGAGGGAAUUCAGCCCAUUGAAAUAGAGAGGUUUAAGGUAUGAAGAGGUUUGGACGGUUUAUAUGGUCACUCACACAUUAGGUCAUACAGUAUUUCCUCUUUGCUCUUAUUCACCAGUUAUGUAUUCAGAGCAGACAAUAGCACCAAUGCAGGGUUUCAUUCUCGCUUUACAUUGAAGCAGCGGGUUGUUGAUCCUGCUCACUCUUUGCUUUUUCUUCAGCUCACUUUUUGUUUUGGAUACAUGGGUGCACUGCACGAUGCUCAUUCAAAGGUGAUAAUUGUUCACACGUAAUGCAAGUGCUUGAACAGUUCACUUGAGACACACACCAUUUCACUGCCACUGCCAAGCUGUACAGUGAUUAAAUGUGAAUUAAAAAAAUUAACAGUUUUUUACUGCUGAUGUCACUUCACAAAAUGACUCUCUUUGUAUUUUAAACUUGGCUACGGUCAGGAAAGAGUUAAGUUUUUUGGAAGCCAGGAAUGUUCCAUCUGGGCCUUUCACGGGUAACCAGUUGCAGCCUCUGGAUGGGAUCCUUGCCUUCACUGUUCUCCCCCAUCCAUGCCAGCCUCCUCCUACCGGCUGUGGAAAACCGCCUGAUCAAAGGCUCUGUGCUGAUGUUAUGGUGGAUCAGCUAGGGCAGUGCAGCAGUGUUAAACUGGCCAGCAUCACACAUGAAGGUUCUUCGUUCACUUAGCUACACAGUGUUGAUAGUUGAUGGAGGCAUUGAUUAGAACCCUGUUUCCAAAACACUUUGAUGAACUUAUGUUACUUACGAAUGUAUUAACAAGCCAACACUGUACAAAGUGUAGUAGAUUUAUAUAAAGAGCAGAUGAACAGUGACCAUCGGCAGAUAACUUGGUGCUUUCUGUCAGACCAGGCCACCCAACAUGAAUUAAAAAGUGCUAUUACUAAAAUGAGCUCCCAUUGAUGUGGCUGAAUCAAAGUUUUAGAAGUGCGCUCUCUUGUUGCAUUUACAGAUGUAGGGUCACUUAAGGUUGUCAUAAUGCAGAGACUUUUUCCUUAACCUCUUUCUGUCUGCUGUGUUGGAACAUUAUGUUCUGGCAUCCAACUCACUAUUCAGCACAGAAGCAAGUGUUGUAAAAACCUUUUCUCAUAGAAGAGAGGCCGUAAAAGUGCUGCGACUAAAUCACAAUGAAGAACUUCAGCUGUUUCAGCUGCAGCCCAGCUGUGUUAAAUUAUUGAUAUGAUUUUGGUUGCACAUCUUCAAAACUCAUGAUAAUCUGUGAUCUCUUGUGAGGCACAAGUGUGAAUAUUGAGAUGAAAAAUACUUUAUUUUUUUUUCUUUUCUUUAAUAGUAGAGCUCAAGCUCACUGAGUUCAUUCUCCAUGUGCACACCCCCCCAACCAGGGUGGAGCCAACCAUCUACUUUUUGAGCAACUUACGCAGAAGUUUCACAAUCUUAGACAAGUACAUUUCGCAGAACUUCAACAUCUCUCCUGUUUUCUUCAGCAUUAGUUAGAAAACGCAGUUGACUUGAAUCCUCUUAACCAGAUGUUUUCCUGUUGGAUAUGGGGACCAGAUCUACAGUUUGGAUAAUCUCUCUUUUUUCACCCUGGUUCGGCUCAGUGGAAGAUGCAGAUAGUCACACGAAGUUAGUCAUCCUAAAGUUGAAAGUAUGUCUGGAGAAGCAGUCAGAGUGGACGGUUUAUUGGAGCGCCACUCGGUCUCUUUCUUUUGCAGUCGUCUUUGCUAAAAACGACCAGGAUUUUUCUCUGUUUCCCAUGGGGUAGAUGUGAUCACACUUUGUAACAGACUGUAAACACAGAGCAGAAUUAGAAAGUGGCUGCUCAGCACUUGUCAAUCUGCAUUUGGACCAUCUGCUUCCACCAUGCUCUAGUGUGUGAAGUCAUCAUUUUGUUAAAUGUCCACUCUGAAGUAUCAUGAUUGUGCUUCUUCUUUAUUGGACUGCAAACAACAUUUUAGUGUGAAGUAGUUUAGUAGGGUAGACUACAUCGUUCCAUCUCUGAACAAAUGAGUCGUGUAUGUAUUGUGGUGCUCGAGGUUGAGGAUCCUGAAGUCUCGCCAAGACGCAAAGUCUUCAAGGUCUGAAAAGUUCAUGUUUUCUCAUAUUUGAACGAUGCUUUCAGCAUUUAGAUUCUGACUACAAGGCUUCACUGACAUUUCAUAAAAUGAGCGUCUGCCAAAAUAGGCCUUGAAAUUCAUUUGAUAUUGACUCAGUCUCUUUCUCUUGCAGCCUGCUUUGCUGAAAGCUAUUUUCAAUGUGGACCCAGAUGAAGUACGCUCGCUCAUUUUCAAAAAAGAGGAUGUGAAUGCACAGGUAAUCCAAACACACGCUGACUAAUCGCUGUUUCCUCUUAUUACAUCUAUAUCUUAAAAACUUCCCAGCCACACUGGGGUUAAAUCUGGUAAUGUAUAGUUGUCCUUAAAGGGCCCCUCAGAAGUCUUUCUGUUAGUUUCAUAGAACUGGGAGAACAUAGCUCUUUUACAGUCCCCACUGCACGAUCUGGAUCUGCUUACUUUAUUGCAUUCCUCACCAUAAAUGCUCUGGUGGGGGUGGGGGGUGUUUCUUUCGAAAUAAGGCUGUUUUUUUUCUGCUUUCCCAUUUGUCACUGGAAAAAUCUUCAAGGUAACAAUAAUUCUGUUCAACCCAGUUUGUACUACAGUAGCAGUUAUUUCAAAAUGCACAUAAAAACAAGCACAAGGAAAAGACAAUCUCAUAAUUAAUACGUCCAUUCAAGUGUCUUCUCUCUUCAUUUCCACUGAUGUCUUUUUGUUCUUGUGUCACAGGACAAUGAAAAACGAACCCCAUUACAUGCUGCUGCCUAUCUGGGAGAUGCAGAAGUUAUAGAGCUGCUGAUUCUUUCAGGUACGUCUCUAUGUCAGGAUUUGUCUGAAGAUGCUGUUUCGAAUAUAAACAAAUGUUGUGGGAUUGUUCAUACAUGAAGAACAUGACCAUUGAAACCUUUUUCGAGAAGGUUGCUUUGUUCACGUUCAGGGAAAUGAAAUAUUUUGUCUUUUCUUCCCGAGCGGUACAUAAAAAGGGGAUUCAGUUAGGUGGUGAAUGCUGGCAGAUGUUGACCUUUCUGGAAGCAUGAUAACAUUUUUCCAAAUGUGAUACUUGAAAUUGUUAUUAUGCCUACGUGGGCAGAAUCUGCACCUGCAUUCAAUAUUCUUAAAAUACCUCGAGAUGCACCCUUUGCAGUCUCUUUUCUGAAUCUUAGUAGAUUGCGAUAUUACACCACAGAACCUGAUAGCUGUCAAAAAACAAUUUGAUGAUGCUGUUGAAAUGUUGCACGUAAUGUCAUGUAACUGUCUGCCCUUACACAGUCUAACAGUCUUCGUCCUCUGACUUGUAGGUGCCAGAGUAAAUGCCAAAGAUAACAAGUGGCUCACUCCUCUGCACCGGGCCGUGGCCUCCUGCAGUGAGGUAUGUGUACGAUCAUUUGCCUCUGAUUAACACCGACUGUUUUUGCAUGGCUGUGUCGCACUCAAACCCACUCGUGUUGACACUUUUAAGGAGGCCGUCCAGGUGUUGCUGAAACACUCGGCAGAUGUGAACGCUCGAGACAAGAACUGGCAGACUCCGCUUCACAUAGCUGCAGCGAACAAGGCUGUCCGCUGCGCCGAAGCCCUCGUCCCACUGCUCAGCAAUGUGAAUGUGUCAGAUAGAGCAGGCCGGACUGCGCUGCACCACGCAGCCUUCAGCGGUCAUCUGGAGGUAAUGUCAAGCCUCAAGUGUUUUCUGAUUUAGCUUCGAGUAGCUCAUGCAUAAGUGCUUCAGUGCAGCGUGGAUAAAGUUGUUGCCCAAUGGAUAAAAUUGGCAGGACGUUUGAAACUUCAUCUCGUACAAUGUAUAUAUUUUUUUAAAAUGCAAUGACUUGAAUAUAUGGUUGUACAGUGUGUCCUGCAGUUGUUAUCCUGUAAAUCCAACCACUUUAGUUCUGCUUAUACUAGGAAAGUGAGAGUCUUUACACUGGAGAGAGCACGCACAACAGGCUUAAAGCAAACCUCAGGAUCUUUUCCUCACACUGAAAGGAAUUUUUGUGCUUGUCUAAUAUGUCCGCAACACAAUGCAUAUUGUAACGUGUACCACAGAAAUAGAGAAGAACUACACAAUGGCUAUUUCCAUGUUUGAGAAGUGUGAGGUGAAACAAUCAACAUCCCCUCAUAGCUACGCAGUUCACCUUCUAUUAACAGCUGUGCGGGCCAGAGCCACAACCGUCAUUACCACAGCAAAUAAUGUAUCAUUAUACAGGCUGCUGUACUCUCAUAUCCUGCCCUCUAUUUCUAACACGUAACUGUUGUGUUGGUGUUCAGUGGAGUUUUAAUAGUGCAGUAAUACUGCGCUUUUUGGUGUGGAUGUCAGGCAAACAUCAAUAGUUAGAGAGAAGCUACAAUCGAGCAGGUUUCCACUUCUCCAGUGACCCUGUCAUAACUUGUUUUAAGAAAAGCCAAAUUUGAACUUUGUGAAUUUGUUUCCUCUUGAGUGCACACUGACAGUGCCAUCGGCGAAUCUGAGAGUGUGGUCACACUUUCCAGGACCUUAUGUGCACAGUCAGUGCUGCUUAUGCAAGUAUUUGUUUACAUGCAAAUGAAUCAUUGAAGUCAUACGCUUGCAUUCAAAUGAGUUAUCUUUAAGAUGGAAAUGACCUGUAUAAGUAAGUGUCUAUGCUAAUGAAGCGCUGCCCAGGCAAACCUUUUCUAGUAAAACACAAUAAAUACUAAGGUGAGUAGAUACAGCCAAAGUCUGUGUUCAAUCUGAUAGCAGCCUGUGCAGAGGCUAAACAUGGGGAAAAUGUGGGAUGGGCUGUAUAAUGCCUCAUGUAUUCUUGUGCUGUUAAUGUAAGAUUAAAGGUUUUUCAACCCACACAUGCCCGUGUGUUUGAAAAAAAAAGAAAAUAAUGUAUUGCUCUGUGGAGGUUUAUUUAACCCAAGAGGCUGGCUUUAACCAGACUGAGCUGUUCACAUGUUUUUUUGAUUUAAAAGAGAGGAUUGUUUUCAAUGCCCCAUAAUAAAAAGUAAAUCAAAUGCGUCAAACAUGGUUACGCAAGAGUUUGUAUUGAUCCGGAGGCUGCUGAAUCAGUAAUGUUCAGGUAUCAAACCUUGUUACACGUUUCCUGAUUUGCUCUUUUUUUCCCCUGCUGCUGCUUUUAGAUGGUGAGGCUCUUGCUCUCCAGAGGAGCAAACAUCAAUGCCUUUGACAAGAGAGACCGCCGUGCAAUCCACUGGGCUGCCUACAUGGGUAAGAAAUCAGCCACAGGGAUUUUUGCACAAUGUUCAUUUUCUAUGCAACUUUUUUCUCAUAUCAUGUGGUAUCAUAAGAUCCCAGGAAAUUAUUUUCAAGGCGAUCAUAAUUAUUGGAAGAACGCUCAUUUCUCAAUCUGGAUGUGGCAUUUUUCUCUCUUCAGGGCAUAUAGAAGUAGUGAAGCUGCUAGCUUCUCAUGGAGCUGAGGUGGCCUGCAAAGAUAAGAAGUCCUACACCCCCUUACAUGCGGCAGCCUCUAGUGGGAUGAUCAGUGUUGUCAAAUACCUCCUGGACUUGGGGGUGGAUGUAAGUUCCACCCACAAGCUUUACUGUCACUAAACUGUGGACUCUUUGAAGAUAUUGUGAAGAAGAGAAAACAGAAAUCAAUAAUUUUUUUCAAUGUGUACAAUGGUUUCAAUGGUUAUUUUGAUGGGAAUUGUGCUCCGAUGCUACUCCCUCUUUCUCUUCCUGCCCAGAUAAAUGAGCCCAAUGCUUACGGCAACACACCGCUCCAUGUAGCCUGCUACAACGGGCAGGACGUGGUUGUAAACGAGCUCAUUGAGUGUGGAGCCAACGUCAACCAGGUGAACGAGAAGGGCUUCGCGCCUCUCCAUUUUACUGCCGCCUCCCGCCAUGGGGCACUAUGUCUGGAGCUGCUCGUGUGCAACGGGGCGGAUGUCAACAUCAAGGUGAAUAUAAGCUGAAGAACUGGUCGUCACGAUGUGGGUACAUUGUUGCUUUAACGUCUCGAUCAUUAAAUAGAAAUGUCUAAAUGACAUGGUAGGGCUGGGCGAUAUGGCCUUAAAUCAAUAUCACAAUAAAUUGAGCAGUUCACCUCAAUAACGAUAAAUGAACGAUAACUACUCCACAAGCUGCUCACCCCCUCCCACAUUAACUUCGUCUACUUUAGCCGCCGCUACAACUUUUGAACCGUCCUCCAUCUCCUCACCUGUCUUUCCCUCUUUGUUACGAGCUGGAUGGGGUGGAGUCACAUCUCAGACGAAGGACAGUGUCUUAAAGGGACAUGAAAUCAUAGCCUACCUACACACAUCCAAAACCAACUUGUAUUUAUUUAAUUAUAUUGAUAUGGGCAAAUUGUUAUAAAUUUCAGUAUCUAUAAACUUUGGGUUUAUUGCCCAGCCCUCUGACAUGGUCACUUUUGUUGCUCUAACAUGAAUCCAAGUGUUUAUAGGAAUAGUAUCAGUUUUGGGCCUUUUUUUCCUACAUUGUAUUGUUGUUUUUAUGCCUCACAAGGAAACUCGUAGCCAAAGGCAACAUCUUUGACCUUUCCAAUGUGUCCUUGUUUCACCCUAGAGUAAAGAUGGUAAGACUCCCCUCCACAUGACGGCAAUCCAUGGAAGGUUUUCGAGGUCACAAGCAAUCAUUGAGAAUGGUGAGCUCCUCUUAAAAAAUCUGCUUUGUCACUGGGAAGCACAAAUUGCUCCGUGUAACACUGACUAACUGCGUACUUGGUUUGUUUUCAUCCCCUUAAGGUGCUGAGAUCGACUGUGAAGAUAAGAAUGGGAAUACACCACUGCACAUCGCAGCUCGAUACGGACACGAGCUGCUCAUCAACACCCUCAUCACCAACAGAGCUGACACAGCCAAGUGAGUGAAUCUGUCUGCAACAGUUCAUUCCUAAAUCCUCUUUUAUUCGACAUAACCUGUAUAAAUGUCCUCGCCUGGGCUGAGCACCAGAAAUGUUUCGGAUGAUUCUGGGAGGAAUAACAUGAUUGUGUCCUUCCAGACGAGGGAUUCAUGGUAUGUUCCCACUGCACCUAGCUGCUCUCAGUGGAUUCUCUGACUGCUGCCGAAAACUUUUGUCCUCAGGUGAGACACAGUAGUAGAAAUUUAACUAAUCUCAGAGCACAAUGGCACAAAUCUCACGUGUGAAUAAUGUAGAUGUUGCUAACUAAUAAGUCAAAAUCCUGGACAAACUUCUGACUUUGUUUCCUAAUCCUGUGAUCUAAUGCAGGAUUUGAUAUUGAUACCCCUGAUGACUUUGGAAGGACUUGUUUACAUGCUGCAGCUGCUGGAGGGUGAGUAAGGAGGGCUGCAGAGUAUAUUGUACAGAAUAUCAUCAUAUGUAUCAGAUCAUCAUCUGAACGUUUGUCCUAAUCCCUCAGAAACCUGGAAUGUCUCAAUCUUCUCCUUAACACGGGCGCAGACUUUAACAGAAAGGACAGCUUUGGCAGGUUUGUGGCCUGUAAAUGAAGAUUUGGCUCCAGAGUUUGUUCUCUCCCAGUUUCUGGGUGAACUUUGAACAAAUACUGAGCGUUGUUUGCUUUUCCAGGACCCCUCUGCACUAUGCAGCUGCCAACUGUAACUACCAGUGCCUGUUUGCUCUGGUGGGCUCUGGAGCCAGCGUCAAUGACCUAGACGAGCGGGGUUGCACUCCUCUCCACUAUGCCGCUGCCUCUGACACAGAUGGAAAGUUAGUAAUAAUAAAUUAAAUGUUAAUUGAAAAAGUGGUGGCUGUGCUUUGCAUUUUCCGCUGUUGGUGUUUUUUGGCUACAUCUCCUUUGUGUGGUCUGCAGGUGCCUGGAAUAUUUACUGCGUAAUGAUGCAAAUCCAGGGAUCCGGGACAAUCAGGGCUACAAUGCUGUGCACUACGCCUCUGCAUACGGACAUCGCCUCUGUCUGGAGCUGGUAAGAACCUCACUUAAGAGGACUUAACUUAUCCAAGCAUUGCAGUAUGUCUUUAUAGAUAAUAUUUUUCUAAUGCAUCCCUGCUUUUCUCUCUUUCUCCACAGAUUGCAAGUGAAACACCUUUAGAUGUGGUGAGUGGGAUUUGCAUUCCUUCCUUUUGUGUGUCAGGGUGUGUUACAUCGGUAAGAGUUGGCAACAACAAAAAUCUGAAAGUCACGCGUAUCCACAAAACUCCUACGAGUGCUGGAUCAGGAGUUCAGUCAUAUUAAUUUAAACAACCAUGAUAUUAUGAACAACUAAAACUAAAAUUAAAUUACACAGAAAAUCUUCUUUUAGUAUUCGUCUUUGACACCAGCACCCUGAUUACCCAUAGUGCUUUUCACAUCUGGAUGUGCUGUCCUGUGAAACUGCUAUAAAGAGCUGUAUAACUGAAGAAUCAUGACCACUGUAGCUUCCAACUUCUGCGUCUGUCUGUUUGCAGCUGAUGGAAACCUCAGGGACAGACAUCUUGAAUGACUCUGAUGUCAGGGCCCCUGUUAGCCCCCUGCACCUCGCUGUGAGUCAAGUGUUUUUAUCACCUCAUCUGGCAUUAUCCCCAGUUUCAGCAUAUUAAUGUCAAAAUGUUCAUGGUAAUUUUUCGUUCAUCUGCCAGGCAUAUCACGGUCACCACCAAGCUAUGGAGGUUCUGGUGCAGUCUCUGCUGGAUCUGGACGUUAGAAACACUCAAGGGCGCACCCCUCUGGACCUGGCUGCCUUUAAGGGCCAUGUAGAGUGUGUGGACGUCCUCAUCAACCAAGGAGCCUCCAUCCUGGUCAAAGACUUCACCCUGAAGCGGACCCCCAUUCAUGCAGCAGGUACAUAUGCUGACAAUAUCAUAAGAAUUAGUGUGGGUUUUUUUUUUCAGUGUUGAGCAUGAGCUCAAAAGUCGCUUUAUUCCUCUUUGCAGCUACCAACGGUCAUUCAGAAUGUUUGCGUUUGCUGAUUGGAAAUGCUGAUCUUCAAAGUGCAGUCGACAUUCAAGAUGGAAAUGGACAGUAAGUAAAAUGUCUCUGUUGUUGUUUUUACCGGCUCUCACUUAAGAUCCAAAGUAAGUGAUUCUUUUUUCAUCUGUUGUCUUUCAGAACCCCUCUAAUGCUGUCUGUCCUGAGCGGACACACAGACUGUGUGUAUUCUCUGUUAAAUAAGGGAGCCAGUGUAGAAGCCAAAGAUAAGUGGGGCAGGACAGCCUUACACAGAGGAGUAAGUAAACAUCUUAAAUUUCCUACUUACCUGUUCUACGUGUGUCUGUAUGUUUAUCUUUAAGCUUUGUCCCUGUUUUCAGUUUUUGUUGAGCUAGCCUUUUUCUGACUGAAUCAUUUUUUACUAAAUGUCAUAUUUUCACCUUUAUUAUGUUUGCCAGGCAUGUUGUAAAUGUAAAACGAUGUAGUCUUUUUCACCUUUAGGGGUGACUAAAUGACUUUUUUUCAGAUCCAAUGGAUUUGUUUUAAGUGCAUGAUUAUUUAGCGUACGAUAUGACCAGUGAGCAGUAACAACACUGCCCUCUGAUGUUUGCUUUCUGCAGGCAGUGACCGGCCACGAGGAAUGCGUGGAGGCCUUGCUUCAGCACAGCGCCAACUUCCUGGUGCGAGACUGUAAAGGGCGCACACCAAUCCACCUGGCAUCAGCAUGUGGACACAAUGCGGUACUGGGAGGCCUGCUGCAUGCUGCCCAAUCAGUGGAAACACUCCCUGUCUUAACAGACAACCAAGGCUACACCCCACUGCACUGGGCCUGCUACAAUGGUACAGAGAUGAGAGAAUGAAGACCUCUGAAAUAGCCGUUAAAAAAAUAGUAGAAAUGUUCAUCUGGUAUUGGUAUUGAUGUAUGCGUUGGCAACUUCCAAAUCAAUGAAAAGGAGCGCUUGAGCUAGUAUACAUCAAAGAUAGGCAUGGAAAUCUUGAUUUUUGUGCUUGCUCUUGAUGCAGUCCUGCCUUGCAAGUCCUUUUGCACUUAAAUUCUGACACAUUGGUAAAAAUAUUUCGAGAAAGCCCUCACUGUGAGCACUCCAGAAUGAAAACUGAUGGGAGCUUUUGCUUUCUUGACAGGUCACGAUAUGUGUGUGGAGGUUUUGCUGGAACAAGAGGUUUUCCAUAAGGCUGAAGGCAAUUCUUUCAGCCCCCUCCACUGUGCUGUGUAAGAUCCUAAGCUGUCCUUUGUUUGGAUUAAUGUGUGAGGAAAAGGAGCUUUAACUGAACGAUUGAUCCCUCUCGUUUCUCUCCUUUAGGAUCCAUGACAAUGAAGGUGCUGCUGAGAUGUUGAUUGACACUCUUGGCCCUGCCAUUGUCAAUGCCAAAGACAGUAAAAACAGGUAAACCUACUCAUGCAAAAAGUGCUAUUAACAAUGCUCAUAAACCUUGUCUCAAACUUUACUGAGCUAACGUGACUAUUUAAUAAGAGUAAACAUUGACGUGCUGUUUCUGCAGGACCCCACUACAUGCAGCUGCCUUCACUGACCAUGUUGAGUGUCUUCAGCUGCUGCUGAGCCACAAUGCUCAGGUCAACAGUGUGGACGCUGCAGGGAAGACCCCGCUCAUGAUGGCUGCUGAAAAUGGCCAGACGAAUGCUGUUGGUAAGACGUUUUUCUGAAUAUUUAAAGACCGUUAAAAAAAAAAAAAAACAUUGUGCGGCACAAGAAUCAGCGGCUUGUUGAUCUUACCCGAAUUUUGCUCAUACUAUUUCAGAACUGCUUGUGAGCAGUGCUAAAGCAGAUCUCACUCUGCAGGAUGCUGCGAAGAACACUGCACUUCAUCUUGCCUGCAGUAAGGUUAGUACAACCAUGGGGUGGCACUGUAAUUGCAUUUUACAGCAGGAAGUGAACAGCAUGACCCUGCAAGAAUAUGCUCAAGUACUUCAGACAAUCAGUAUUUUUUUGUGGAAGGAGUAAAAGCUGUUUCUGUUGUUUUUUCAUUUCUGAAAUAUUGAUUUUACUGCACAUAUUUUCCACAGGGACAUGAAACCAGUGCCUUGUUGAUAUUGGAGAAGAUUGCAGACAGAAACCUCAUAAAUGCCACUAAUGCCGCCUUACAGACGUAUGUAUCAUUUGUUUCACACGGGUGUCCUUGCGUCUUCUGCUGAACAUGUGUAAUGUUGGAUGAUUUUGUGCGGAUUAGUGACAUUAAUAUAGGAAAACAGAUUUUAAUAUUUUGACUUGAAUCUGGGUCAACCAUGUUCUCAUUUUUCUCUCAAGGCCUCUACAUGUGGCUGCAAGAAAUGGCUUAACUGUGGUGGUGCAAGAGCUGCUUGCGAAGGGAGCCAGUGUGCUCGCAGUCGAUGAAAACGGUAAAUUUCCAGUGUUAUGUUCUUUCUACUCUUGAACAACUCUUUUUGAAUCAAUAUGUGGAGCUUUUAUGUUGAGUGCCACUGAAAAAGACCUCCCACUAGACACAGGGAGAUCAAAAAUGAUGGAUUACAAAGAGCAUCAGUGCCUGUACCAGUGUCUGUUGGGCAGCUUUAAUUUCAGAUAAUUUGUUACCUCAGGCCUUUCAGCUGCUAAUUAACCUUUUAAAACAUUUUCCUAAUGCAGUGGAUAAUGAUCAUUUGGGAGACAUGGUGGAUAAUGUACUGUAGUGUAGAAAGAGAGAUAAAAAUAGGAACAGCAUUACGUUUUGAUGAGAUAGUAACCAGCCAGUUUAAAUGUGGCCUAAUCUGUUGAAUAUAUUCAAUGAGACACCCAAUGAUUGUGAAGAUAACAGAGCUUCUUAAUUCUUUAUCAAGGAAGCUUCAUGCAUGGAAAAUCUUACUUACUUUUAUGGUCCAAAAUGGUAUAUAUAUAUUGGCAAAUUUAUUUUUUAUUGUAAAAAAAAUUUAUUGUCAAACUUUGAAUAACUGCUUUUCAACAAACGUGGUAUCAGCUGAUUCACUUUAUCAGAAAAUAAAUAUGUAACAUAGCUCCACCUUGAUUGUUACAGGUUACACACCCGCCUUGGCUUGUGCCCCCAACAAAGAUGUGGCAGACUGCCUCGCUCUCAUCCUGGCCACCAUGAUGCCUGUGUCCCCCUGCACCCCGGCACCCACCAUCCCCUUCAGUGCCAUUAACCACUUCACCACAAGCCCCUCCAAGAGCGUCACCUUCGACAGCCUGCCCGUGCUGCGCGGCGAGCACAGCUCUUACUGCAGCUUCAACAACAUCGGCCAUCAUGACGGCUUCUACAAAGACGAGGAGCUCAAUGACUCAGACUCAGAGACGUACUGAGAGACAGGAGGAAGUGGUUAACACACACACUGUGUCUUAAAUAUCACCCACCGCCAGCUUGGGAGGGCAAAGAAGAGAAAAGCCCCCACAGGAGCCUUAAGAGACCCCCGCCAUCAGAGAGCAAGAGAGGGAGGAGGUGCAGCAGGCUGGCCCACACUCAUCCCGACCUCAUUCAGCACCAGAUGUCCUUUAGCCGAUACUGGACUACAGUAACCGUCGCUUUACCAACACUGACUUCUUGAGUGCUAAAAAAAGUGUACUUGUUGGGCGGGCAGUGACUUUUGUUCAGCAAUAAUAUGCUGGAGAGGGAUGGUAGCACUUCACAGAGAGCUAAACUGACAGGGACCAAAAAACAUGGAUGCAUUUUAACCCAUUUUUAAAGGUGUAAAUGAGGAUUUCUUUUUGGGGAGGGGGGGUGCUGAUAAGCAGAAGGGGCAGAGCUGGCUUUCAUUUUUGAAAUUUCUGGAGUCAGACAAUGUCGAAAUCCGCACACUACAUCUGAAUGAACUUCAAGUCUGUACAGGGCGAAAAAAAAAAAAAGUUUAUUUUUUGAGAUCAAAAUUUUAUGAAACCCAUGUUCAUGUCUUAAACUCCUUCCUUGGAAAAAAAUCUGAUUCAUUGACCUGGAUAGGUUAAAAAAUUUGAUAUUUGCACCAGGUGAAUUUUAAGUUGAUCAACCUUAGCUUUGUAUAUUGACCUGUCCGUUUGGGUUUAGUCUUUCAAGAAUAAAUUAUUUGUGUUUUUUCACUUCCUAUUUAUGUGUUCAUUUUGUGCCUUCAUUAGUUACUGAGAUAAGGCGAGUUUGUAGAGGCAGCUCUGAGAGUACAGUGAUGCACACUUGGUAAGUAAUGAAACAUUUCUAAAAAGCACUGAUCCAGUACUGAGGUAUCUGAGGCUCAGCUUGGUGAGAAGAAACACUGUAAACCAAUGACAUGAAAGCGUUUGAUUUUCUUCUGUUUGAAUGAUAUUUUUGCUCUUAUAUUAGUCAAUGUUUGUUGACAGGUUUUGCUUGCUUUAACUUAAAAGAAAAAGAAACCACUUGAUCCUACCUUGAUCGAAUCUUCCCUUUUCUGUCUGUUUGGAAUUCAAUUAAACUGGAAAUAUGUAAAAAUACAUUUGCUAGCUUCAUUAGAACGGAAAAGAUUUUUUUCUUUUCAUUUUUUCUUGAAGAGGGAUGAAACUAGCAUGUAUAUAGAAAUUAUGACUGUGAAUUCAAACCUCCAAUGAGUUCUUUCAGUACUGAGAUUGCUGUAUAUUUUAUGAGUAAUAAAGAAAUGAGUUAUUUAAUACUGAACAGG